AUGGAAAGUGCGAUCAAAUGUCGAAAGUCGGUUCCGAAUGCAAUUCUCAAAAAACCGUUUAGAAUAUUGAAUUACAGAGAGCGAAAUUCGGAAGGCGGAACUAACCGAGUGAAGCCGACUCCUACAUCAUCCUCUGAGGUAACAUCCGUUCGUGGUGCGUCCUCCGUGCUUGGAAAUUGUUCCUGGCUGUUCGGACAGCUCCGUUCGUAACUCAAGUGCGUGAAGAUCGCCAAAAAGCAGAAGGUUCCCAGGACUCAAAGAGGCGCUGCCAGAAAGACUCAAGAAGAAGAUUACGCCAAGUUGCCGAGUGUUCGAAGCUCUUGGAGGUCACGCAGGAAAAAUUGGCCGUAGGGGUAAGCUGACUCGUCAGAACAACACUGGCUCGUCCUGCAGUUUAGCGUGAGUUUGAUGAGCACAACAAACGUGCUCGAGAUCCAAUAGAAGAAAAACAACAACAGAGAUCUCGAAGUGGCCGACUAAUAAGAUCAGAUGCGUAGAAAACCCACCAAGCAGGGCUGGGCAAUUGGCCGGCCCGGGCUUUUCGUUGGCCGGCCCUUGACCCGGACUUUUGAACCACUUGCAAUAUUCCAAUCGGACCUAAACUUUGCAGGCUUCUUGGACUUGGAUUGAAGCAUAUUGGGACCAAGUUUCAGCCCGACCGGAUUAUUUGGUCCCGAGAAAUGUGGAUCAUUGGCCGGAAGCCCGGGCAGAAGUCUUCUCGGACAUGAGGCCACAUCUCCAUGAGCAGCUUUACUUCAAUGUGCCAAUUUAGGAGAACUGGUUCCUGGCUCAGGCCGAACUUCUCAUUGAUAGUGAGCACCUUUUGUGUUUGUGCUGACGCUUAAAAAUUUGCGCUUUCAGGAAUCGAUGAUUCUGAGGAGUUCGAACGAGGCGUUCGGCAUUCUAUUGGCCGCUACAGAAAAUUGAGAAACCCCUUCGUGAAAACAAGCAGGACGGUCAGCAGAAUUCCAAGACAGCUUGCGCCAUAUCCAGAAUCAACACUAAUACGUUUUCGAAGACUUAAUUCUGGCCAAGAGUUAACGUUGGGGCACAAAUGGAUCUCAAAGAGAAAAAACGUCGAGCAGGUAAACUGACCUAUUGGAGUCAUGUCUGAGGGUCUCGACAUCGUUUUCAACUGUUUCGUCAAGAAGUGUCUCAAACAAACAAUUUUUAGUGAGUUGUUUUCGAAUAAUUAACUAGGCAAUAGAACGAAAUCAAAAAGACUAAUCUGAUUGUUUUAUAGACCAAAGGGCCAAACGGAGUCAAGUAGCCUACUCCUCCAUCAUCCCUCAUUGGAACAUCCGUUCGCGUCCUCCGUACCUGGGAUUGGUUCUUGCUCUUCUGUCCGGAAGAUUGCCGGAAAGCAGAAGAUUAUCGGGGCCACGACCAAGAUAACCGAGACUGGCAGAACUCCUUAACAAAAGACAAGCACACCAAGUUGUCUAUCAAGAAAGCUAAGCUCUUGGAGGUUCUCGAGCUCCUUCAGGGAGGAUUGAGGUGGGCACUAUUGAAGAGAAGGUGAUCCGCCUUAACAGCGCCCGCAAGGAUGUUGGGAAUCCCGGUGACCGUCUUCUGGAGCACGAGGUAAAAAACGCCAAUCUCUGCUCAUCGGAAAGAUCAACAAUGCAAAGACGCGCGCGAGAAGAGCAACCAUCAACUCGUCGAUGGUUUUCAGGUUGAGAAGGCCAAGCAGGACCAGGUCAACAGAUUCCAGCAUCAAACUCCAGGAAAAGUGGGAAGAGAGAAGAGUAGUACGGAACCCUCGUCUCACAUGAUAUCGAACACUGUGAGUUGAAUAUUUCUUCGGAAGGAAUCAUUACAAUAUGCCGUUUUCAGAUCUUCUCGAGCUGUUUCCCGUCAUUCGUGAAAGGCAAGGAUUCGUUGAUGAUUAAGAAGCAGAUCGGAAUCAUCUCGAUGUUCGAAGAAGUCGUCCUGAAGACUGCUGACCUGAUCCUUCCCCAGAAGCUCAUCGAACACCAUUCUGACAAGCACCGAACUUCGAGAAGCCUUUCGAAACGAAUCAUUGCAAUUUGGGACGUCAGACGAUUUGGUCCGCUAAAAAGACCAAAUCUUUGACGUCCCAAAGUCCUGCGCAGGAUCUUUCCUCCAGACUCUCAACAGCUAAGAGGAACUGACCGGAUAGUUUAGAGGUUUUUCAUCGCCGAAGGUGUCGUCCAAAUCGAAGACUUGAGAGAUGAGCAACUCAACCAGAUCAUCACUGAUUUCCAUUCAGCCAAAAAGGUGGUGUAG